AUGUCCAGUGUUCAGUGUGGUAGCAGGGGAGCUGACUACAGUGGCUGUGGCCUCUCUCGGGCCAUCUCAGACAACUUCCUGGCCAGCAGCUCGGUGUGCCCUGCAUUGAUCAGCAGUGUGGGCUUGAGCAUCUCGGCACUUGGGGAGGCGCCUGCUGCGGAAGUGCCCUUCUCUUUCCUGAUCCUCUCCGUGUGCAGUCUAAUGCUCUUCGUCGUACUGAUCGCGAACUGUGUCUCCUGCUGUAAGGAACCAGAGAUAGACUUCAAGGAGUUUGAAGACAACUUUGAUGACGAGAUAGAUUUCACACCACCAGCAGAAGACACCCCCUCGGUGCAGUCCCCAGCAGAAGUCUUUACGCUCACCGUACCAGACAUUGCACUCCCAGCGCCCAACCAGUUCCAGCCUUCCGUAGAAGGUUUGAAGUCUCAAGUCUCACGCCAUAGUCUGAACUACAUCCAGGAGAUUGGCAAUGGCUGGUUUGGCAAGGUGCUCCUUGGAGAGAUUCACACGGGCACGAGUGUAGCAAGAGUGGUAGUGAAGGAGUUAAAGGCAAGCGCGAGCCCAAAGGAACAAGAUGCUUUUUUGAAAAAUGGAGAACCUUACUAUAUUCUCCAGCAUCCAAAUAUCCUGCAGUGUGUUGGACAGUGUGUAGAAGCAAUCCCCUAUCUUCUCGUGUUUGAGUUCUGUGACUUGGGCGACUUGAAAGCUUACCUGCGCAACGAGCACGAGCCCGUGCGAGGGGACUCGCAGACCAUGCUGCUCCAGAGGAUGGCCUGCGAGAUCGCCGCGGGGUUGGCUGCCAUGCACAAGCUGAACUUCCUGCACAGCGACUUAGCCCUGCGGAACUGUUUCCUGACCUCUGACUUGAAUGUAAAAGUGGGGGACUAUGGCAUCGGGUUCAGCAGGUAUAAGGAGGACUACAUUGAAACCGAUGACAAGAAAGUGUUCCCUCUCCGGUGGACUGCCCCUGAAUUAGUCACCAGCUUCCAGGACAGACUGCUGACCGCAGACCAAACGAAAUACAGCAAUAUCUGGUCCCUGGGCGUGACCCUCUGGGAGCUCUUCGACAACGCUGCCCAGCCCUACUCACACCUGUCCAACGGCGAGGUCCUCAGCCAGGUCAUCCGAUGGCGGGAAACCAAUCUGCCGCAGCCCCGGCUUGAGCAGCGCUACUCCGACCGAUGGUAUGAAGUUCUUCAGUUCUGCUGGCUGCCCCCAGACAGGCGGCCGGCCGCCGAGGAUGUGCACCGACUGCUGACCUACCUGCGGAUGCAGAGCCAGCGGGACUCGGAGGUGGACUUCGAGCAGCAGUGGAAUGCGCUGAAGCCCAACACGAGCAGCCGGGACACGUCCAGCAGUGCUGCCUUCCCAAUUCUUGACCACUUCGCCAGGGACCGGCUGGGCCGGGAGAUGGAAGAGGUCCUCACAGUGACCGAAACGAGCCGGGGCCUCAGCUUUGAGUCCGUGUGGGAGGCGGCGAAGCAGGGCUCUGUUGACGAUGGGAGUGGCCGGACCCCUCCAGACGAGGCCUUGUCCUACACCAGCAUCUUCUUCCCGGUGGAGGUCUUUGAGAGUUCCCUCUCGGACCCCGGGCUGGGCAAGCAGGUCGGGAGCGGCCAGAACUCCCCGCUCAGGGUGCCCGGGGUGGUCCCAGUGUUCGAUGCCCACAACCUCUCAGUGGGGAGUGACUACUACAUCCAGCUGGAGGAGAAGAGCGGUGGCCACCCGGAGCUGGACUGCCCGCUGGCCCUGCUCCCCACUGAGAGGGCCACUGAGGCUGUGUCGCCCGGGGUGGCCCUCGGGAGCCUGGAGUUGGAGGAGUCGAGCACAGAGGAGGACUUCUUCCAGCCCAGCCUUGAGCCCCGGGAGGCUGGCGUCCCUAAGGACCUCCGUGGUGCCGGUGUCCCCGACAGCCCUUUCAGCAGCCUCUUCAGCGACCUGGACAAGCCCGAGGAGCUUCCCAGUCACCCGAAAAUAUUUGACCUGAUGGAACUCAACGGGGUACAGGCCGACUUCAAACCCACCGUCUUCCAUGUCGGUGAGGACCAGCCCAGGGAGUCUGGCACGCCCUGCCUUUCUGAGAGAGAGAAGCCCCGGAGGCUGUUCGACUGUGAACCCCUCUGCUUAUCCGAAGAUCUCCUGCGCCAAGAACAGCUUGCUUCUCUGAGCUCUCAAGAAUUGUCAGAGAACUUCCUGUUUCUCCAGGAGAAGAACCUACUGAAAGACCCGGAAGAGCUGCAAACGGAGCUCAGAAACGCCGGCUUUCUCGAAGCCACACUAGGGAAUGCACGCCGGGCCUCCCUGGAUGCUGAGCUGAGGUUUGCCACAGACCCCCUCGGCCUGCCUCCGUCACAGGAAAGGGUCAGGACCCGGGGCCCAGAGCUGGCAGGCCACAGUGCCAGCACCCCCAGGCCAUCUCCCCCGGAAGCGCAGGUGUCUUCUACCUCACCCGCUAGGGCAGAGACACCUGGCAGCCCGCCUCCCAGUACCCUCCUGAGGCCGGGGAAAGCCUCACCCAUGGGCUCAGCUGCCAGUGCCCGUGAUGGGGCGCUCUGUCAAGAACUGAACCCCGACUGUGGGCCUGUCCCUGUGGAAAUGACCCCUACCGAUGCCCACACUCAGAGCGUGGGUGACGGCCCACAGGACUGCCCCCGCCACAGCGAGGAGACUGUGAGACUCGCCAGAGGCGACUCCGGCGGUCUGGAUGGGCUCUGUGGGGGGAGGGCAGGUCCGGGUUGUGGCCCCCUGGACCUGGGCCAGAACUGUAGGACCACGCUGCUUCCGGAAGCCACCCCCAGUGGUGUUCUUCUGGAUCAAUAUGGAGAGGUUGUGGGGACACUUGGUCAGCUGACUUAUAAGGACAACCCACAGGAAGUGGGCUUGGUGUCCGCCCUGUCCUUGGACUCCACCAGCCAGGACAGCCUCCUAGAGGACAGCCUCUCCACUCCCAUCCCAACGUCAGAGCCCUCGGCAGAGACCCCCGACUCCCUGGACUCGCUGGGCCCCCCCACACCCCCGCAGCUCCUGCCCCCAGACAAGCCCGCCGACAGCGGCUACGAGACCGAGAACUUGGAGUCUCCAGAGUGGACCCUGCAUCCUGCCCCGGACAGCGCCGCCGACGCGGGCCCCGAUGAGGGGGACAGUGACAGCCAGGGGGCACUGCCACCCAACCCCAUCAUCAUCAUCUCAGACGCCCCGGACGGCCCUGCACAGACCUCCGCGCCGGGCUCCCAGAACUUCUACCGAGACUCGGCCUACUUUUCCGACAACGACUCAGAGCCUGAGAAGAGGUCUGAAGAGGCCCCUGGAGCAUCAGGGGCAGCCUUGGGGCCCCUGCCCGAGCCCAGCCCCCCAGAGCACAGCAGUGCUGCCGAGGACUCUGGUCUGGAAGCCACAAAGAGCCACCCUGGUCCCAGCCAACUACCGCCAGCCCUGCACGACUCCAGCCUCCAGGAACCAAGAGAGCCGUUGGCACUGGAGCAGACUGGUGUUGGCGCCCAGCUGCCUCCUCCCGAGGCCAAGGCCGAGGCCACUGGCAGACCCUGGAGUCUGCUGGGUUGUGAGCUCAGCAGCAGCGAGGAGCUAGAACCUCAGGAAGACCAGCCCUGCUCCCUCACGUCCACUGGGACCAACACAAAUGAGCUGCUGGCCUACACGAGUGCCACCCUGCACCCGGGAGGCCCCACAGAGCUGCUGGGGGACAAGGAGGGCCCCAAGCUGAAGGAGCCGGACAUCGAGGGCAAGUACCUGGGCAAGCUUGGCGUGGCGGGCCUGCUGGACCUCUCUGAGGACGGCAUGGACGCCGACGAGGAGGACGAGAACAGCGAGGACUCGGACGACGAGCUGCGGGCCUUCAGCCUGCACAGCCUCAGCUCCGAGUCGGAGGACGAGGCCGCGCCGCCCGUGCCCAUCGUCAUCAGCAGCAGCGAGGACAGCCGGCACCUGCGGAGCCUGCUGAAGCCGCCGGCACCCCCGGCCCCGCGCCACGGCCAGGCCCAGAGCCAGGGGAAGAAAGCCGUGACAUUCUUCGACGACGUCACCGUCUAUCUGUUUGACCAGGAGACCCCGACCAAGGAGCUGGGGCCCGGGGGAGGAGCCUUGCACGACCCCUCACUGAGCAGCCCAGCACCUCCCUCAGGCCCUCCCUACCUGAGCAGGUGCAUCAACUCGGAAAGCUCCACUGACGAAGAAGGUGGCGGCUUCGAAUGGGAUGACGACUUCUCCCUGGACCCUUUCACGGCCUCCAAGCCUGCCCUGCAGACGGCCAAGUACUUCUCCCCGCCCCCGCCGCCCCGCAGCCUGCAGCCCAGCUGGCCGCCUUCCACGCCCUGCUCCCGGUUUUCUGUCUCCCCAGCCAGCCUAGCCAGCUUCUCCCUCACGCACCUCACAGACUCGGACAUGGAGCAAGGAAGCAGUGAAGAUGGAGAGAAAGAUUAAGUGGGUGCCAAUUGUGCCCUCAGAGCCGAGUCCCUGAGCCGCCAGCCUGAGCCUGGACAUCUACUCGGCCCCUGCGGAGACGAGGCUGCGAGAAGGAAUUAGGCAGUGGGUGGGCAGCUGGGCGGUGCGUGCUGGCACCUGGGUGCACGUGCACACCCUCUGCACCACUGAGCGUGGCGGGCUGUGCUGCCUCUUGGACUGUGUCCUGUCCUGUCCCCCUGCCACUGAGGGUGCCGUCGUGAGCGUGUUCAUCAUCGCUGCAGAUCGUCAGUGCUUCUGUGAUUGCGCCGUGGGCAGCUGUCCCGAGAGCCCUGAUCUUGUACAGAACCUUAAGUUAUUGCAGGGAAUGAGGCCAGGCAUGCUGGUGCUGCCCACUCGCCCGAUUCUCUCUCUGUCAUGGUGUCUGUCUGCUCUGCAUGGUCCUUGUGAAGCGCUCAGCCCCAGUGUCUCCCCCGGGCUGCACCUGCAGCCUCUUUCACAAACAGUCACCGCUUUCCAGAGUCCUGGCGGUGCGAACGUUCUCGUAGGAAGUACCUGUGAGGGUCAGAAAGCACCAACCCCCCUGUCCCACGGAUUGAAUCAAACCAGUUUCCAUUUCUUCUCCACGUGGUGGCCCCCAUGUGGCUCUGCCACCGAUCCCCACAGCAAGAGACCCUUCCCUAACAUUAGUCAGUAAGGCAAGGGCGUACCCAGAGCCGGACUGUCGGGUUACUGUCACCACAGCUUCUGAGCUGUGGCCAGAGUGGCCGAUUCCCUUCAGAGCUCAGGACUUCCGCGUCUCCUUCAAGGGACGGACUCCUGUGUCGCUGGGUGUCCUGUGGACGUGCUUGUAGCCCUUGCUGUUCCUUGGAGCAGCAGGAAGCUCCCAGGAGGUGCUGCUCUCCAGUCCUCAGGGUGUUGAGGAUGCAUGGACAGAUCCUGUUUCCACCUUCCUGGCAAUGUUGGCUUGAACUGUUCCGUGAUCCCCAGAGCAGACUUUCUCUCUUGUCACCACUCCAAGUUCAGCCAGGCGAGGCCGGUCUCGUUUUAAUCUGAGACACACACCACCUCCUGUCAGGAACAAGGACACAGCCCAGGCGGCCAACACGACCCCAGCCAGGACAUGCGACCUGCGGGAGGCUAUAGCUCUGGGCUGCUGGACCCGGACCCACCCACGCCCACCCACCACACCCUUCAGAGGUAGAGGCUCUGCCUGUCCUCCCAGCCGCCGCUUCAGGCGGGCUCUGCUCUCUCAGGAGAGUUUGGACAGGUGGAUUCUCGCUCAGAUUCCCCAGGCUGCCCCUGCCCCUGGCUGGCUCACCGUCCAUCAGCACUGGGCAUGGAGGACACGGGGUGGUUUGGGCUCCAGCCUCCGUGGUAAAGCCCGACCUUUCCCUUCACCUCCAGUUUGCUCCCCUGAGCGUUCACACUAGCAAUAAAGUCCAGAGCAGGAGCGUCCAGCGGGCUCUGCCCCAGGGAUGGACCCCCCAGCGAGGACAAGGCCCCAGAGAGACUGCCCGGGACACCAGGAAGCAACUUUGCCAGACUUGUCUUAAUUCCGCUCUUCUCGUCAGACUUCUUGAGCUUCUGGAGUAUUUACGUCUCAUGGCCAACCCAUCUGGGCUGAUCUAAAGAAGUGAAAGGCUAUUGGUUAUACUAAUUUGUGGGUCUUUUGUGUUUGUUUUUUAAUUAGAGAUUUAGGGAGUUCCAAUUUUGUGAGUAGCACCCAGCAUUUCCAUGGACUGGAGUGUCCAUAUCCCGCCAGCCCGGAAUAAAGCUCACUGGGAUCGGGGGCUGUGCACUUCUCACCGCGGAAAAGCAGCUGUAGCGCAAUUCCUCUUCCCAUUCAUUCCCAGCCGACCCAGCCUCAAUCUUGAGCUUCAGUGAAAGUUUUUUUUGGUUCCUCCCACCUCUUUUUUUAAUUCUCUCAUGAUCUCAUAAUUAAUUGCCAAAAAAUAAAAUGUGUUUUAUGCACUGACUGGGGUGGGGGUGGGGGGGUGUAGUAAAUCUUAUCCUACCGUGGUGUUGCAUGACGGGGGCGGUUUUUUAUUUCCGAAAAGCCCUUGAGGCCACGUGCUGUGAGCGCGCUCAAGCAGCAUGCAGCAGGAAGUAAACCGGGAGAGCGGAGCCCCAGCCCCUCCGUGCCGCCGGGGAGGUGGACACCCCGUCCAGAGUGGUCUCACCUGAAUGUAGUCUGACCUUGGGGGAGUGUGUGCAUUCUCCCCCGUCUAGGAAAGAGCAGCCGGAGCCCUCUUUCUCCCUAGCUAGCUGUUCCCGUGUUUAAUCAUGAAGCCAGAAGCAGACUGAGCCAACCGCGCCCCCACACCUCCUGUGACACGGGCCGUGUGUCCUGUGAAGAAGCUGGCCAGCCAGCUCCGCCAGCCUUGCGGUGGAAAGAAACUCAAGAUCAUAAACAGACGGCCCCCUUCUCUGCUCAGUUGCACCGGUGACCGCUUCCCAGCAGCACACUCACCUCCAGAAAGUCUGCCUCGCUGUGGGGGAAAUGCCUUUCACAACCUCUGCCCUCUCUCCCGUGGUGUCUGUAGGGCUCGUGGCCUGUUGCUUGUGAGUGCUGGGGGCUUGGACGGAGGGAGACACCUCACGUUGUCACACACUUCACUGCCCCGCGGAAAUUCCAAGGGCCCACUCCCACAUGUUCUGUGCCAGCUACCGGGACUUGAGCAGGUGUGGUCACUCUGGAUCCAAAUUGCAAAACCACUUUGCUGAAGUCAUGAUGGGGUUGGCUCCAGCCUUGCCUAUCAGACAGGAUCAAGGCCUGGGACACGGUGACAGUAUUUUAUUAGUGGUGGCCUGUCAGGACAGCGUGGACACAGGCCGUCUGCGUCUGGUGCUUGGGUCCGCACAGGGAGGCAGGUGGGGUGGGGGCUGCUGUGCACGUGUUUUCGGACAAGGGGCUGUAGGAGCAGUCGCACCUACCUGUCACAGCCCUCUGCAGCUCUGGCGAGAUGCCAGUUCUCGAACCUUCCGUCCACAAUGGUGUACAUUUUUACAUUGUAAGAUUUUUACUAUAUAUUGAUGCAUAGUGUGAUUCAAUUAAUUGCUUGUAAUUUAAGAAUUAUUUAAUAUUCAAAAAUAAAUAUAGUUAUAUAUUUAUAAA